UGAAUAAGUAUGGACGCCCAAUUAAUAUAACUAACUCAGCCUAACUGGCUCUUUUGUCAGAGGUUACGUGGGAUACUUUAACGUCCAGAAUCUAUUGCAAUUGGAGGAGACCUCAUCCUCUAACUUCUACCAACGUCCUAACACAGUAACGUUCCCAUAGGCGCCAAAAUGCCCGAGAAAGGCGAACCGUCGUCGAUCGACACCAAAAGCGGCUUCUGCUCAAAAACUAGCAUCUUCCACAGCCUCAGACCCCAUGCUCCACUUCCUCUACUUUCCUCUCCCAUUUCCGUCGCAGAUUUCGCCUUCUCUCUCCUUCACUCCUUCCCUCCACCUCCAACUUCCACCGCUCUCGUCGACGCCGUCACUCGCCGCCGCAUUUCUUUCCCCGAAUUCUUCCUUCGUACGAAAAACUUAUCCUUCUCUCUUCACCACCAUCUUCGCCUCAGAAAAGGAGAUACUGCCUUCGUUCUUUCUCCUAAUUCUGUCCAUAUUCCGAUUCUAUGUUUCUCUCUAUUCUCCCUCGGAGUCAUUGUCUCUCCUGGAAAUCCAGCUAGUUUGAAAAAUGAGAUUCUUCACCAAAUUCGGCUCUCCAAACCUGUAAUCGCCUUUGUCACGUCGGAUGCUGUUCAUAAAAUUCCUAAUCUCAGAACAAUCAUCCUCGACUCACCCGAGUUUGAAUCGCUGAUGAUGGGGAGUCCAGCUCACUGUGGAGAAUUGGAAGGAGUGAACGUUUACCAAUCGGAUCCUGCGGCGAUUCUCUACUCCUCGGGGACUACUGGGCUAGUCAAAGGAGUGGUGUUGACUCAUCGGAAUUUCACAUUCGUCGUCGCUGCAGGUCACGCGCUUCGCGCUGCAAGGAUGACACCUGCAGUUUGCUUUUGUCCGAUGCCAUACUUCCAUGUUUAUGGGUUAACUUACUUCGCGAGGGCGUUGGCUAUGGGGGAGACGGUGGUGUCGAUGGGGAGAUUUGAUAUGAAGACAAUGUUGACAGCGAUUCAAGAGUUUAGGAUCACUCACAUGGCACUGGCUCCACCGGUGGUGGUGCUGAUGACUAAGGGUCCUGGGUUGAUAGAUGGCUAUGAUUUGAGCUCCCUUGAAGUUGUGGGUUGCGGUGGCGCUCCGCUUAGGAAGAGCGUGGUUGAGCUGUUCCAGCAACGGUUUCCAAACGUGAUAUUGGGUCAGGCGUAUGGACUGACUGAAUCCACAGCUCGAGUCUUUGGAACAAUGGGCCCUAAAGAAGGCCAAGUGAUGGGAGCCUCAGGAAAGCUUAUGUCUAAUUGCGAAGCAAAGAUUGUUGAUCCUGAAACUGGCAUUUCUCUCCCACCUGGCUGUGCUGGUGAGCUUUGGCUUAGAGGACCAUCCAUCAUGAAGGGUUAUGUUGGUGAUGAAGAAGCAACAGCUGCAACUUUGGAUUCUGAAGGAUGGUUGAGAACUGGAGACCUUUGUUACAUUGACAGUGAAGGCUUCCUGUUUUUUGUGGAUCGUAUUAAGGAACUAAUCAAAUACAAAGGCUACCAGGUUGCUCCAGCAGAACUCGAGCACCUGCUUCAAUCCCAUUCAGAUAUUAUUGAGACAGCUGUAAUUCCGUAUCCUGACGAGGAAGCAGGGCAUGUACCCAUGGCCUUUGUGGUACGAAAAAUUGGAAGCACCAUUGACGAAUCACUAAUCAAGGAUUUUAUAGCUCGACAGGUUGCACCCUACAAGAGAAUAAGACGAGUAGCGUUCAUUGAUUCAUUACCAAAGAAUGUCGCGGGUAAGGUGCUCAGGAAGGAGUUAAUAAAACUUGCACUAUCAAGCGCUACCUCUAAGUUAUAAGUUCCUCACUCCUCAUUUAAUUUUGAUGGAUAUCACCUCAAAUCCAUUAGAAUUUUAUAAAUUAGAAUAUUAUAGUAAAAUGUUUAUAAUGGGUGUCUAUACUUCAGCUGUUUCCAUAAUUUUUUAGUAAAAAUGCCAACAAAACUCCGAAUAUUAUUAGCUUCAAAGAUUAGUUUGUUUUCCACAAGAAUGAAUCACAUCUAAAUUUUAUUCAUCUCAGUUUGUUACAAAGCAGUAAGUACUUGAGAGUUGACACAAUAUAUACCCCUACAGAAAUUGCUUCAAUUCUAAAUUUUAAGAACGCUUAAUUGCACUCUUAAGAAAAGAAACCCACCCACUAAGAACAUGCUAUACACUAACUACAUAAACCAACCAUAGUAGCCAAGAUCUUGCUGUUCAUACCGACUUCAAACCAGUUUCAAUCCAUUAGAUAGAAAUGCUGUUGGGAAUUCCACGACCGGUAACCCCUGGACCUGAAGAGGGAAGGAGCAAUUCAUAUGGGGGAAUUCCUGCACCAGUUCUGUUUUUAAGACUGAUAUCCUUGUUUCUCAUAUUUAUUGUCCGCUCCAUCUCCUCUAAUUGAGCCGAGAAUCUAUUGAACAUUUCUAGUAUUUCAUGAUCAUUUAUCCAAUGGCUAUGUAGCUGGUUCACCUGACCCAAGUACUCUUCAUCUGGGGAAUGAGUCGACAGUGUGUCUUGCACGGCCAUCACUUUGGUGGCUUGAAGUUGAGUUGGCAAAGAUGAGAGAAAAGUAUGCUGGGGGUUCAGCAUAAACUUCUCAUAAUCAGGCUCGUCCUCUUGGGGGAUGAGUUUUCUCAUUAGAGUAGGCCGAUUAGGCACAUACCCACCAAAAGGAUACUGCCCAAAAUUUAUGGCUGCGUGUUGACCUGAUGCAAUCCAGAUCAUUAUAGUUAGUAUGCCAGAUAAGUCCUCUUUGGUAUUGAGUUUAGGCCACCAUGGUUCAUUCCUUUUGUCAUAAUGGCCUUUGUUCUUGAUUUCAUCCCACCAGGCUUGGAGCUCAAUGUCAGAUGUGACAGAAUUAGGUUCAGAGUAGAAGUGAUUGACAUAAGAUUCUACCCAUUCUUUGAUGGCUGACCAGAUGAGGAGGCCGUCUGAAGCAUAAGGGUAGUCCUCAAUCACAAGUCUCACACCACAGGGCAUUGAAGGAUCCUCUACUGCCAUGCCCCUGAAAUUUUCAUCAGAAUUACCAUUUGUAAGGUUGUUCUACAAGAAGGCCAUUAAGGAUAUGAAGGUAGGACAUGUUUAAAAGGUAAUUCUGCUGUCAGAAACUAAGCAAGGCAAGGCAUCUAAGAGCCUCCCUUUUUUUCUUCUUCUAAUUCUUCUAAGAAAAGACAACAGUAGGUUUGAGGCAUUGAAAAAUGCAUUAUAAUUUACCUGCGAAUAAGAUCUGCAGGCAAAGCCUCCAUGUCAAACCGCCACAUACUCUUGUAUGCUGCAGAGCUAAUCUCCAUGGCAUACUUUCCAGGACUGAAUGAAGCCUCAAUUAUUCCUCCUCCAUUUAUCAAACUUUGCCGUGCAAGUGCAUUAAUUUCUAGUGUAUAUCGCAUAUGAGGAUGAAGCAGCUUGUAAAUUGGAUGCAUUGCACUGAGCUGUCUAUGAGUUGCAAUUAUAUAAGGCUCCAUGCAAGCAUGAGUCCUCAACCUGAGAAUCAAAAAUUACACGCAUAAGAAAUGGACAUGCUUGAACUCUUGUGACGCAUGCAGUGAAAUAGGUGAACGUUCCUUCCAUCUGAUCAGUUUCAACCUCAAUAUCAGACUUCAAUCCAAAAUAAUGAUCAAGAAGUAAACUUGCAAUGCUUCCAAUAUCACAAUAUUUAAAUAUUUAAAUUGUUAUUGUUGUGGAGUUGAAACCAUUCUUUUACCAGUGAUUUACUAGUUGAUGGACCCCAGCAUCAUUGGAGCAGACAUGAGCUUUGGCUAGCUUCCAAAUCCAGUGUGUUGUAGCAUCAUGCCCAUGAGUGUAAACAUGUUUAUUGCAAGGUGAAGAACGUGUAGGAGGAAGUGAAAGCUCAAUAGCUACUGGCCUCAGCAUACCAGCUCGGUUAUAGAAGAAAACCGUCCUUGAGGCGUAAGCUUUUCUCCCUGGCAAGGAGUUCAUCUUGUUCAUAAACGGCAAAAGCAUGUCAUGGAAAUCAAGUAUAAACAGCCUGUUCUCCUCAAUUGCCUGUAUCAAGAAUCAGAGCAGGGUUAAAAAAGUGCUGUUCUUCACCAUCAAUGUUUAAAAGUUUCACAUAGGAAUCACAUAACAGAACCAGCUGAUGCUGUGAAAUUACGGGUGAUUAAUAAAAGAAAGAUUGUGCCA